AUGGCUACCUCCUCCGCACCCAGGCGUAUUCUCAUCGUCUACACUGGCACAAGAGGUGACUGGCAGCCGUACGUUGUUGCCGGCACCAUCUUGCGUGAAGCUGGUUACGAGGUGCAGCUCUGUGGCCCAGGUGAUGCUGCAGGGAUGGCCGAGGAUCAUGACCUUCCUUUCAAGCGCAUUCGUGUGAGCACCUUACGGACCUGGCCCGAAAAAUUGACGGAACAAAUCACCCACGAGAAAAUUCCACAAGUGCCGCCGAGGAAUGACCGAGAUGCGAUGAUUGCGGAGAAGAAGGCUUCCUACGAGCUGUUCGUAAGUUUCAAGCCGGAGCUCGUUCUCACGGCCGCUUUGACCUUGCUCGAGGUGAGUAUCUUCAGCGAGAUCUUCGACGAUAUCCCUUUCGUGAACUUAGGUCUUCAGACACCGCCAGGCCACAGCUCAAACCUCGCAGGCUUCCGCUUUCCCCGACUCUUGAAACCUCUGCAUUGGCAGCUCAACAAGUUCAUUCUGGCAGCGACCCUGAAGAUGCUGCGGAAGGAGCUAGACUCGAUCCCGGAGGCCCUACCUGAAGAGAUGCGCAAGUUAUGUCCCAAGAAGAUCACAAAGGAAACUUUCGUGGAGCAUUGGUCAGACAGCGCGGUGUUUCCAAACCUGGUCGCGCAGAGUACAUCCAUCAACGGCGACCUCGGAAAGGACUACAAAACUGCCAUUUCGCUUGGUCCGCUCAUGCUGCCGCCAAGCAGCCAGUCAGGGCAGGAGUUUGGCGGCGACCAAAUGAAGCAGAUGGAAGACUUUCUGGCCCAGGGAGACGCUCCCGUCUACAUCGGCUUUGGGUCCAUGAAGGCCUUCACGCCCAAGUACAUGACUUUGCUCUGCGCCCGUGCCUUGCAGCUUACCGGCCUCAGGGGCGUGAUCUGUGCUGGGUGGACAGGUGUGGACCUGCAGCAUCUGGAAGGUGAAGCGGACGAGUUGGAGUUGGCUGAGUACGUCAAAAACAACGUGCUCUUCAUGCCCAAGUCCCCUCACGGUCUCCUUUUUCCACGGUGCCAGGCCAUCGUUCACCAUGGUGGCGCAGGAACCAUGAAUGCCUCCGUCCGCUCGGGGAAGCCGACCAUCAUCAUACCGGUUCUCCUGGACCAGUUUGGCCAUGCAAGACUGAUCAACGAGAUGGGCAUCGGAAAAGGCCUGAAGCAUCUGAGGCAUCAGACACCCGCCACAAUCGCUGCGGUAAUCAAGGAGUGCAUUGACUCGCAGUCGAUCCGGACGAAGGCAGAGGAAGUUGGCUCAACCAUGCGACGUGAAGAAGCACAGGCCCCAGCAAGGCUGACACAGUUCGUUCAGGAGUACUUUCGCGACUACGUGGAUGGCGGCCUUUUCAAAAGCAUCAUGAGAGACACGCGAGAGCGACGAGCUCAGCAGUGCUGCAAGUGCUGA